AUGGAACUUAAAAGGACCAAUGCGAACCAAAAUAUCAUUGCAGCUCUUCGUGCAGGUGUUACUGCCUUGAGUGUAUCCAGUGCUGCGGCAGCAAAAGAGCUUACUUGCCGGGAUGUACAUGUUUGCGCUAUUUUGGACUUUUUAAAUGACAAUGUUCAUCCUGUUAUGCAGAUUUUUGGUAUGCCUGGAACAGGGAAAACCGCUUCUGUAAAUCAUGCGCUUUCCCUUCUUGCGCAAGCUGCUUCCUCAGAAAAGAAACCGACUGCAGUGUUUCUUAACGGCUACGUGAUUCAGAAGAACACCGAUAUAUACUGGACAUUGAAUUCUCAUUUAAGCAAGGCACGUCUUGGGCACACCGAGAAUUGUUCACCUGAGCAGUGUGCUGCCUUGAUCGAAAAACGUUUUAGACAAGGUUGGGGUAGCGCUUCAAUGCCUUUGUGUGUUAUUGUUAUCGAUGAAGUCGAUAAAGUGUUAAAGCGACAUCAUAAGGCAUUUUUUAGAAUUGUAGAUUGGUUGAGUUUUCCUUUUGCUUUUUGUAAACUCAUUACAAUUUCUAACAGUAUGGAGUUAGCAGCGGAUGCUAAAACAAGAAGUCGAUUGGAUAUCACUAAAAAAUUGGUUUUUGAGCCUUAUAGCUUCUCCGAACUAAAAGCGAUCAUAUUACGAAGAGUUGGUAACAUCAAACCAGCGCUUUUCGCUGAGAAAGCUAUCAACUAUCUGUGUAACCAGACAGCCUCCCAUUAUGGAGAUGUAAGACGUCUACUACAAUCUGCGUCGUCCGCUGUAUGUGGUCUCAUGAUGAAAUUGGAGGAGGGCUAUUGUGUCCCAAAAACACAGGAUGGCCUGUUGUCUGUUAAAGAUGUUCAUGCUGUUGUUAGACAAAUAUUUCAUGAUCGUUUUGUGGAAUUUAUCCAAACAAUUAGGUUACCAAUUCUCUUUAUUAGUGUGGCGGUUAUAGCUCACGAGACGACAAAGGUGUUUCGAUCAAACCCAAGUGAUAGUCGUUUGUUGUUGGACGGUUUGUUUGUAGCAACUAAAAGGGCUCAGCAAACCUUUACCGCUGCUCUGGGUGAACCUCAUUCCAUGGAUUUAACCUAUGGAGCCUAUUUGGACAUUGUUGAAAUUCUGCGAGAAGUUGCUUUGAUUGAUGUAUCGAUAGGGGAAGAUCGUAUUCCUGUGAAGACGGCCCAGCAUCUUCUUGAGGCCACCGAAAGAGCAUAUGUGUCUAUGCUACAACCGUUUCCUACAGUGGUGGAUGCGUGUAAAUUACAUGACGUUUUUGGCGAAGGAAUAAUUCCACUGUUCAAAACAUAA